AUGCCAGGUACCAUCCCUGCCAUCACCGAUCCUGCCCUCGUCGACUCUGCCUCGUCCGACGUCUCUCGAGCCACGCUAGCUCCCGUACAAGCUUCCGAUCCUCACGUAGCCAACGCGUCGCUCGACGAUCCGCAAGCACCGUCCCUCAUCACACCCGCCCCUCUCUCGCAUCCAACUUCCGGCGUCGCAAGCAAAGGCGCGGCUCAACUCACCUCUACCAGUGCACUCGCUUCCGCCCUUGCACCUUCCAAUUUGCAAGCCAACAUGACCAAACAACUCUCCUCACCCGCGGCCAAGAAUGGCGUUCGUCAGCGCAAAAGCAAGCCUUCUUCCAAAGCGGCCGAUGACGAGCACGACAACGAGCUGGUCAAGUUCAUCGAAACCGACGGUCACUUUUCGCUCGUGCGCAACUUUCACCUCGCCGACGCCUUUACGCUCAUGAACGCGUUCUGCGGCGCUCAAUCCCUGUUUGCCUCGGCGAGGUAUCUGAUCACUUCCGAUCCACAGCAUGCCUGGUUGGCGCUGUGGUUCCCGCUCUUUGGCGCCAUCUUCGAUCUGUUGGAUGGAAAGGUGGCUAGGUGGAGAAAGAGCUCGAGCAUGUUGGGUCAGGAGCUGGACAGCUUGGCCGAUUCUCUCUCAUUCGGUGCUGCACCCGCCUUUGCUGCGUAUGCGUUGGGCUUGAGGACCGGAUUCGAUAGCUUUUUGUUGACCUUGUUCGUAUGCGCCGGAGUCGCAAGGUUGGCCAGGUUCAACGUCACCGCUGCCUCCAUUCCCCACGACAGCACGGGCAAGGCGAGGUACUUCGAGGGGCUGCCCAUCCCUUCAUCGCUCGUUCUCGUCGGAGGAAUGGCCGUCUGCCUGUUGACCGGUAGAAUCUCACCCGGCGGCCUGCCCAUCGCGCUGGCAAAGGAGAGGGGAUACAUUGCCUCCCAAGGCUUGACGUUCACCGGUGCCUUGAAGGACUAUCUGCCCGCUAGCUUGAGCGGCAAAGGUGUUCCGCUGGGCAUGUGGACGCUGGACGCUUCGCCGUAUGUUGCAAAGGUGUUGGAGCUGGUCCCAGGAUUGGGCGUCAAGGAGGCUAGCAAGUGGGCAGAGGUGGCCAAGGUCGAGGGUCACUGGCUCACAUUCCUGUGGUUGGCUUGGGCUACCGCCAUGGUCAGCAAGACCUUGAGGGUUCCCAAGCCUUGA